AUGGUGAAUAUCAUACUAAACAGGAGUAUAAGUUCAAGUAGCUGUCUACUUGCUAGGAGUUUAAAAUUUAAGGAUCUUUCUAAAAUCAAAUUAAGAGAACCGAUCUUACCUACAAUAAACAACUUUGAAGUAUCACCAGAUCAUCCAUUAUGGCAAUUUUUUCCACAAGGUUCAAAUACAACAACUCCCAUUAGACAAUCAGAAGAUUUAGAUUUAGAUUCAAGAGGAUGGACAUCUGCUGAAUUACGUAGGAAAUCAUUUGAAGAUUUGCAUAAAAUUUGGUAUUUAUGUUUAAAAGAACGUAAUAUACUCGCAAGGGAAGUUAGAACUGGUGAACUGAUUGGUAUGAUGGAUUUUAGUAGAUUUAAUUCGAUAGAUAUUAAAUUAAUAAAAACACAAAAGAGAAUUAAACAAGUAUUAUUAGAAAGACAAAUUGCUUAUGAAAGGUCACAAAUUGACUUUACUGAAGAGAAAACCAAAUACUUACAAGAAUUUAGAGAGUCAUUUUUAAACUGUGAGGAAGGAGAGUUUGAAGAACAGUAUGAAAAGUUGAUUCGUUUACAAUAUGCAUUUUUUGGAAUUCCACCAGAGUUGAAAGUUGAAAAUUUGGAUGAGGAUAUUACUAUUAAUUUCAUAAAUGGAUUAGAAUAUGUUUCAAAUUUGAAAUUGGAAAGAUAUUUAAAAAAUAAUGAUGUUGAAUUUGAAAUGCCACUCAAUGGUCCAAUGGAACAAUUACCAUUUUUGUUGUUUGAUGUAGAAGAGGCAAUUAAUCAAGUUAAAACCUUAAGAGAAGAAGGUAUAAAUAUUAAAUUGAAGAAGAUUGAAAUUAUACCAUUUUUGAAAAAUGCAAUUACUAAACAUAUAGAACAAGAAGAAGAAGGAGAAACAACCAUGUAA